GUUCAACUCUCUCCUUCAUUCAUUUUUCUCCAGUCUGUGACUGACGUGACUUACGUGUGGCUGCCAGAAGCCUCACCACUGUGCAGUCAUGAUUCGGGCCAUCUCUCCCAUUUGUGUUCUGCUUUUUGCACUUCUUUUUGCAUGCACGGAUGCACGUCCCGAAUCGCAAGGCCGAUCGAGGCGUGCUCCCGCUGCCAAAGUGCGACUGGCAGGUAUCGGCCACAGAGAAAACGAGGGACGAGUUGAAGUCCUGCACGACGGGACGUGGGGCACCGUAUGCGACGACGAAGUCGACAUCAAACUCGCUAAUGUGGUUUGCAGGGAACUGGGUUUCCAAAGUGGCAUAACAUGGGCUCACAGUGCCAAGUAUGGAGAAGGAGAGGGCCCCAUUUGGAUGGAUAAUGUGAGGUGUGAAGGAACGGAGAAAACUCUGAAAGACUGCAAGUCGAACGGAUGGGGUGUUCAUGACUGCAAACAUUCUGAGGAUCUCGGGGUGGUCUGUAGUCCAGAGAGAAGGCUGGAUCAAGUGCAUCCUGGAGUCACCAGAAGAGGGCACACCAUCGCUCUCAGACCAAACCCAAUCACCUCAAACCGUUGGCAGGACAUUUACUCCAAUUCAAGGACACCUGCGCAUCUCAGACAAGGCAACAGACAUUCCCAGGACCAUACCGGAUGGGAUCAGUUCUCCAGACAGCAGUUUCAUAAUCCGUCUGCCAGUAGAGUGAGAAUCGAAGAAGUCCGCCUCAAGCCAAUCUUGAUGGUUACAAAGAGGAGCGUUCUUGUUACGGAGGGUGUGGUGGAAGUAAAGCAUGCUGGAAGAUGGAGACAGGUGUGUGAUAAAGGCUGGAGUCUGAACAGCAGCAGAGUUGUAUGUGGGAUGCUUGGCUUUCCUGACGCGGAGCUGCCCAAUAUGAACACCUACAAAAAAAUAUGGGACAGAAAAGUCAAGGAUUCAACAACCACAUUAAGUCAGAUGACCAGAAAGAAGGGAUUCUGGGUUGAGAAAGUACAUUGUCUGGGCACAGAGCCCAGUCUGGCAGAGUGCCACGCCCAGCUGUCAAUCCCUCGAAGCCCCACCCCUUGUAAAAACGGUCGCCAUGCAGUAGCCCGCUGUGUCCCAGGACCGCAGUUCGCUCGUAUGUCCUCUGGCAGACCCCAGGCACCUCAUCCUGCAGUGCUGUCAGUGCGUCUGAAGGCGGGACCACGUCUGGGAGAAGGAAGAGUCGAGGUUCUGCGUGAGGGAAAAUGGGGAACUGUGGUUGACCACCGUUGGGACCGGAUCUCAGCCAGCGUGGUGUGCAGAGAGCUGGGCUUCGGCACUGCCAAAGAGGCUCUUACCGGAGCUUACAUGGGUCAAGGGACGGGGCCCAUCCACAUGAACUCAGUGCAGUGCACUGGCACAGAGCGCUCCAUUUUGGAUUGUUACUUCCAGGAAGUUCAACCCUGGACAUUCAAACACACCCAGGAUGCUUCUGUCAAAUGUUAUGUUCCUAAGACUGGCCUGGAGAGCACGGUGCGGUUGGCGGGUGGCAGGGACCCGGCUGAAGGUCGUGUGGAGGUGCUCAUGGAGGUGGGGGGCAGAAAGCGCUGGGGGACGAUUUGCAGUGAGAACUGGGGCAUAAAUGAAGCCAUGGUGGUAUGCAGGCAGCUGGGCUAUGGUUUCGCCGCACGUGCCCAUCAGGACACAUAUUAUUGGCAAGGAGACCCUGCGGCAGAAGAAGUGCUGUUGAGUGGGACUCACUGUGUGGGAACAGAAUUGUCCAUCCAGCAGUGCCGUCGUAACAGCCACAUCCACUGUCCUCGAGGAGGUGGAGCUAGAGCAGCAGGCGUCACCUGUUCUGAAACCGCACCUGAUCUGGUUUUGGAUGCACAGCUUGUGCAGGAGAGCGCUUACCUGGAAGACAGGCCUCUGCACCUGCUCACCUGUGCACACGAGGAAAACUGUCUCUCCUCCUCUGCCGCCCGUAUGCAUUGGCCGUACGGGCACCGCCGUCUUCUGCGUUUUUCCUCCCGCAUCAUGAACUUGGGGAGAGCUGACUUCCGCCCACGUGCCUCAAGAGAGUCCUGGACCUGGCACCAGUGCCACAGGCAUUACCACAGCAUUGAAGUGUUCACGCAUUAUGACCUCCUCACACUCAAUGGAAGCCGAGUGGCCGAAGGACACAAAGCCAGUUUCUGUCUAGAAGACACCUACUGCCCUGAAGGUCUUCACAAACGCUUUUCAUGUUACAAUUACGGAGAUCAAGGCAUUUCGGUGGGUUGCUGGGACACGUACCGCCACGAUAUCGACUGCCAGUGGAUAGACAUCACUGAUGUCAGACCUGGUGACUACAUCAUGCAGGUUGAGGUAAAUCCAUCCCUGGACAUGGCUGAAUCAGACUUUAUGAACAACGUCAUGCGUUGUCGAUGUAGAUACGACGGGCACAGAGUGUUUAUGUAUGGCUGCCAUGCAGGUGAUGCCUACAGCGCUGAAAUUGAGGAUUUAUUCGAACAUCAGCGUCAGAUCAGCAAUAACUUCAUUUGAGCCUGGUAAAGAGAGGUGAGAGGAAAAUGCGGCUAACAAUCCCGGAAAUGCGGCUAACAAACUGGAUGAAAGAGACGGAGAUCUUCUCCGCUGAUCUCAGAACAAUCUACCAGAAGCCUUCCAUAUUUGGACGAGAUAUGAUACAUUGCUAAACCGUUUUCUCUAUGGAAUUUAAUUAAUUCUAACAGAUGUUUGGAAAUCAACAGAGGGUUACUUCACGUGAAAAUUAGAUUCUGUCAUGAUUUUUUUUAGUGUAUUAAACAUUCGUUUUUGAAUACACACAUAAAAUAUCGUAAAUCAUAUGAGUUUCGGAGUGUCUCUUAAGGCCAAUUUACACUGCAUCGACAAAUGCAGAUAAACAGCAACAGACACCUUGGAAUAGUUGAAAAGUGACGUACUGUUUGGCUGUCAGCGCUGUCUGAUGGUGCAGUGUAAAUUGGCCUUUAGUGGUCACUGUUUUCUUAGUAGACUUUCUUAUCUGAUUAGUGCCCAGAGUUUUGGAAUGAGGUGGUUUGCUUAGAAAUUCUUUUCAUGCCCUGCCAAACUUUCACUGGCUCAGUUAGUUUGACAUCCAGUGAAGCCCUGGGCAGCAGAGGCCCUUGUUCAAAGCCACUGGAGCCAGUAAAUAAAACCAGAAUCUGUAUUUUUGGAUGAACUGUUCCUUUAAAUAUUUUUUAUUGAGUAAAUAAGACAUUGUUUUCAGAGACUAAGUUAGCUGCAGUUGUUGAUCAUCUGGUUAAAAAUGAAACAUCAUGAAAAACCUGUAGUUCUUGGGACCAUGAGACUAGCAUUAGAAAAUAACUAAUUUUUAUUGUCUACAUGUACCCAUAUAUUUACUUCCUGACGUUAUGGAGUAAUUAUAGAGUACAUGUGUUAUAGAAUAAAUGCAUUUGUACAAUGGUUUUUUUUUUGUUUUGUUUUUUUCAUUUUUAACUAAUUUGAACAACAUUUAAAAAAAAGGGGAAAAAGUUCCUAGCAAGUAAUUUUCUGAUCUACUUUAUAUGAUGUCAAAAUGCAGUUUGUUCACUUUUUCUGUUUUCUGUUCAUUUAUUUUAUAUCUGAUUUCAAUUCUCCUGUUUGAGUUAUGCACUUUAUUGAUGGAUGUCAGUAUUCUGGAAGAAAUGGGUCAUUCACUACCAUCUUUCAACACAAGCUUCUGUUUGUUUAUUAACAUGUUAAAGUGUUUAUGCCUUCUUUCCAUUUUUUAAUAUACUUUUUUCAUUUUUUUUUUUUUUGGUGACUUUCCUGAAUCCUAAAGGGUAACAAAGGCUAUUGUAUAUGCUAAAGAUUAAUUUAUUUAAUACAUUUUUAAACAAAUUUUCUGGAUGACAGUUUUAUUUAGUAAUGAUAAUGAAAAUUAUUUGUAUUAAUAAGCGCUUGCUAAAGGGUUGCUUUAAUAUUCAUUUAACAUGUUUGAUUUUUGGAUGAAUGGAGUUUGUUGUCUUAGUUUAGUAUGUACUUGAAGCUUUUUUUGUUAAACAUCUAUGAGUAUAAAGGUGUACCAUGUUACAAUUUUGCCUGAAAAGCAUUAAUAGUGUAAAGCAGUAAUGCUGGGAAUGAAUAUUUAUGGGCCAGAGCAUUAAAUAUAUUCUUACAGUAGUGAACCCUUUGUCUCUAAAUAGUGAAGAAAACACUUUUUAAACUGUACUGUAUCAGUUUUUACUUUUGUAAUUUUUGCACAGUACAGGACACUGUUUAACAACAGUUAUUGUGCAUGUGAUGAACUGAUUUAUAAUUUAUUCCUACUGUUUAUCACAAAUUUUUGUGUUAUUUAUCUUAAAGUAUAAUCCAUAACGGUUGAUUUCAUAAACACAUGCGUGAAUGAUCUGUGCUCAUUUUUAUUACAUAGAUAUCACUUACAUCAACUUAUGUACUUUACAUUUUCACAGUUUAGUGUUUUUUUUUAACAUUUGUAAGAUCAUAAAUAUGACUUAUUCUGUCCAUGUAUUGUGUACUUAACUUUUACAAUGUUACUCCUGAUUUAUUUUACCUCUGCUUUUAUUUAUGAUUCGCAUGUUACUGUAUGCUUUUAGUACUAGUGGUGCAUAAAUUGAUUUCAGUCCAUAAUUCACAGCAAAUUUUAAAAAAAUCUUCUGGUGUUAAUUCUGCACUUUUCUGGGAGUUUUUCAUGGAGUAGUUGAGAGUUUUAGCUCUCAAUGUAAAUUGCAAUACUCUCAGGGAUAAAAUAUGUGUCUUUUCCAGUUUGUUCAAAAAUAAUUUUAAGAUCACAAGAGAUAUAAAUGGAAAAGUAAUACCAAAAUAAUCCCAGAACCUGCAACAUGAUGUAAACUCUUGUUACUGUUUUGUGAUGGGUAUUACAGUAGUAAGUCGCCGCAAACAACUGAUCUCAAAUGUGAAUAAAUAUCACUCAUCAGGUCUGUACUCUGUUUUUUUAUGAUCCAUUGCACAGGGGCUCC